AUGAGCUACCCAGGAUACCCUCCUCAGUCCGGUGGAUACCCACCACAGGCUGGUGGCGGCUACCCUCCAGCCCAAGGCGGCUACCCUCCAGCGCAAGGUGGCUACCCUCCAGCGCAAGGCGGUUAUCCUCCAGCACAAGGCGGCUACCCUCCAGCGCAAGGUGGCUACCCACCAGCAGCAGGCGGCUUCCCUCCAGCAGCAGGAGGUUACCCCCCACAGGGAGGCGGAUACCCAAACCAGGCCGGUGGUGGUUACCCUCCCGCAGCAGGCGGUUAUCCUCCAGCAGCAGGGGGCUACCCUCCCCAGGCCGGUGGUUACCCUCCCCAAGCUGGAGGCUUCCCUCCUCAAGCAGGAGGAUACCAGCAGCCGCAGCCUGGAGCCGGAGGUUAUCCCUCCAUGCCUCCAGCAGGCGGUGGAGGCUGGGGUGCAGCACCGGGUGGCUAUGGAGCGCCAGGAGGUGCUCAGCAGGGAUACCCAGGGGGUCCCGCUCCGGGCCAGCCCAUGCCAAGUUACCCAGGAGCCCCCGCAAACCCACAAAUGCCAGCAUAUGGAGGUGGAGCUCCGUCCAACCCUCAGGCACCUGCCAUUCAAAAAGGGUACCGGGGUUCUUUGAAAGACUUUCCGGGGGCAGAUCCACUGAGGGACGUUGAAGUGCUUCGGAAAGCUAUGAAGGGCUUUGGCACUGACGAAAACGCCAUUAUCGAACUUCUGGGAAGUCGUACCAACAAGCAGAGGGUUCCAAUGGUUGCAGCCUAUAAAACAACUUAUGGGAAGGACUUACUGAAGGAUCUGAAGUCUGAGCUCACUGGAAACUUUGAGGAGCUGGUUCUCUCCAUGAUGAUGACCCCUGCACAGUUUGACGCAGCCCAACUCAGAGAGGCUAUAAAGGGUGCAGGAACUGAUGAAGCCUGUCUGAUUGAGAUUCUGUCGUCUCGCUCCAAUGCAGACAUUCAGGAAAUCACCAAAAUCUACAAAGCUGAGUAUGGGAAGAGCCUGGAGGACGCCAUCAGCAGCGACACCUCCGGUCACUUCCGCAGACUCCUGGUCUCUCUCUGCCAGGGUAAUCGUGACGAGCGCGAGGCUGUUGACAUCGCCCUGGCCAAACAGGACGCUCAGAAACUGUACGCUGCUGGGGAAAACAAAGUUGGAACUGAUGAGUCUCAGUUUAAUGCCAUCCUGUGUGCUCGCAGCAAGCCUCACCUCCGUGCAGUCUUCCAGGAGUACCAGCAGAUGUGCGGGCGAGAGAUUGAAAAGAGUAUCUGCAGGGAAAUGUCUGGAAACUUGGAGUCUGGAAUGGUGGCUGUGGUGAAGUGCAUCAAGGACACUGCUGCCUACUUCGCAGAAAGGCUCCACAAGGCCAUGCAGGGAGCGGGGACCAAGGACACGACCCUGAUCCGCAUCAUGGUGUCCCGCUCUGAGAUCGACAUGCUGGACAUCAGACAGGCGUACAUGAAGAAUUACGGAAAGUCACUGUACACUGCCAUCUCAGGUGAUACCUCUGGAGAUUACAAGAAGCUGCUAUUGAAGCUGUGCGGUGGUAGCGACUAAAUGGGGAAGGACGGCUUCAUGAGGACACGAUGCAUGUCCACACUGAAACAGUUAUAGGACCUUAUAUCACCUCUGAUGCAUGUAGUUAACGUUAGUUUUCCUAUAACAAUAACCAAUAAUUAUUACUUUUGUAUUUUUGACAUUAUUUGUUUUGCAAAUUGUAUUGUAGUGGAUGAUUGCCAAACAGUAAAUAUAUAUAUUAACAUGAAUAUUUUUUAAAGGUGCAGUAGACAGCUUUGCCAUUAGUGGGUGGACGGUGGAGUCUGAAGCAAAUAGUCGGUGCCUGAAAUUUCACACUUAUUGUAAUUAAGAAUAUUGUUAAAUUAUAUAUACAAAAAAACUAUAGUAACUAUAGGUUGUCCCUAGAAAAAUAUGCCCAACUUAAAAUCUGCUUCAGUUUGUACUGAUAAUUACAGAAACUGUAUUUGGAGGAACGGUCAGGGUUCCAUGACUGAGGAAAAAAAAUCUUGACACCUUUAUUUAACAUGUGACUUUCAACAUGCCUUAUUAACUGUGUUGCUGACACGAUAAUGACCUGCUUCUUAUGGCCGACACCGAUAAGACAUAAGAGAGUGUUGCAUAUGUUGCUCCUAAUCUGUAGUUUAUGCACACCUGAGGGUAAGAAAGACUAACAUGUGAAGCCAUGAUGGAUGAUUUAAUAUUUUCUAAGCUCUAUUUGUUGCGUUAAACCUGGAAUGUGUACCUUUAGACUGCAAUCACUUUGUCUCCUUUGAAACUGUAAAAAAACAUCCACACCAACGCAUGUAGCAGUUUUACUUCAGGAGAGCGACAACAGCAUGCUGCACUCAUUCUUCUUCUCUGUUUAUCGGCAGAUUGCAAGCUAGCUUUAAAUGCAAAUACCACCACCUGCUGUAUCGGAGAGUGUAGAUGCUGCACUUGGCUCUAUUCCCUGUAAUUCAUCAGCUCAAGCUAUAUAUAUCAUGCAUCCCUAAUUUCAACUGUGUAAGUUAAUACAUACAAAGUUGUGAGGGCUGUUGUGCAGGUAUUAGCAAAUGAAGUGUGACUGAGUCACAUACAGAAUACAUAUGAACAUUUAACACUUGUGUAACUAAGAAUUAAUUUCCAGGUAGAUUUUUGAAUGUAAGAAAUGAAGCUAAGCAAAAAAGGUGUCUCCUCUAAACCAACCAGAGUUUCAGUACAGCUUGCAAGUCUAUGCAAUCAAGCUUUUCACUUUGUAUCCGCUCUAAAAGACUUUUCUUUUGUCUUGAACUGUAAACCUCUACAAUCACUGUUCAACAUGUGUAGACAGUGUUGCCUUUUUAUUUUGCUGAAAAGCCAAAGCCUGAAAGACAGAAGUCAUGUGCCUUUUUGUCGGGGCUGCUGUGUAAACUGUUUCGAAACUGGUGGAUGUUUCACUGUGGUAUAUCUUGCAAACAAUCAUUAUCAUAUCCGUGUAGCUGCAGAAAUGUAAUUGUCAAUAUUUUUUGUUUACAGUGAUAGUUCCUGGCGUGUAUGUUUUGCUGCCAGUAGAGGGCUCUUUGUGCACAUGAAGCAUCAUAUCUCACGUCUGUGUGAUUGUCUUGUCUACUGACUUUAGUGCUCUGCUUUGAUCUGAAUAUCCGUCGCACUAACUCUACUCUGCAGUCAUACUUGUAACAGGAUAAUGGCUGAAAUUCAAUGGAUGCAUUUUUAGUAUUCCAACAUUGUGCCAUUUGAUAGAUCCAGUCUCCUGUGACUUACGUACAGCCACUUCUCAUUUCAAUAAAAAGGAGAAUAACACUUA